AUGGCAGAAUCUACUACGCCUUUUUAUGUUGAUCGGGCGAAAGGAGGUCGAGCUUCUUGCAAAGCCUGCAAGGGUAACUGCCCAAAUGGUGAACUACGCUUAGCCAAAUUAGUUCCUAGCCCUUACGGAGAAAAUCAAUUUAUGAAAUCUUGGUAUCAUGUCGAUUGCUUUAUGGAUAUUUUAUUGAAGCAACGUCCCACUACAAAGCGGGUUGAUUCUAUUGACGAUAUUGGAAAUUGGGAAAAUUUGAGUAAAGACGAUCAAGAAUAUAUAUUAAAAAAAAUUAAUGAAACCGAACAACUUUUUGCAGAGAAAAACAGUGGGAAGUACACAGCAAAAGUUAUCAAAAAUGAGUCAAAGCCUCUUAAUAUUGAUUCUAAAACCUAUGCUAGCAGCGAUAAUGAAGAUAUAAAAGACAAUAAGUUUUCAACAUUUGUUAAGUUGUGUAAUCAAAUAGCAAAAGUGGAUGCGUACACAGAAAAAACUGCUGUUGUUAAUAAAUUUUUUACACAAGGUUGUGAAGGUGAUCAUUUUAAGGGUGACCUUGCAUUAUGGUGCAAGUUGCUUCUACCUCAAGUGACAAAACGAGUAUACAAUUUAAAAAGUAAACAACUUGUAAAAUUAUUUUCACGUAUAUUUCAAAGUGAUCAUGAUGAUAUGCUUACACAUUUGGAACAAGGGGAUGUAGCUGAUACAAUUCAAUUCUUUUUUUCAAAUUCAAAAACUGUACAGCCAGCAAGUAAAAGUACACUUUCAAUUCAAGAAGUGGAAGUUUUUCUUGAAGAUCUCUCCAAGCUGACUCGAGAAGAGGAGCAGAUAUAUCACUUCAAGAAAAUUGUAAAAAAGUGUAGUUUAGACGAUUUGAAAAUGUUAAUCCGUUUAAUUAAAGGUGAUUUAAGAAUAAACGCUGGACCAAAACAUAUUUUAGAAGGUGUUCAUCCAGAUGCUUAUAAUGUAUUUCAAACAUCAAGAGAUUUGAAAAUGGUUUUGGACAGAAUUCUGUCACAAAGUGAUAAAAUAAAACAUAAAGAUUCCUUUCAAAAAUCUAUGCAAGCAAAGUUAGUUCUUAUGACACCUGUAUUGCCAAUGUUAGCUGAAGCCUGCAAGUCAGUUGAGAUGGCUAUGAAAAAAUGUCCUAAUGGAAUGUUUGCAGAAAUAAAAUAUGAUGGGGAGAGAGUCCAAGUUCAUAAAAAGGGCAAUGAGUUUAAAUAUUUUUCUCGUGCCCUAAAACCAGUGAUGGCUCAUAAAGUAAAUCACUUUAAAGAGUACUUGCCGCAAGCAUUUCCAAAAGGAGUAGAUUUAAUACUGGAUGCAGAGGUCCUUAUGGUUGAUGUAAAUACGGGGAAACCAUUACCAUUUGGUACAUUAGGUAUACAUAAACAGUCUGCAUUCAAAGAUGCUGAGGUUUGUCUGUAUGUGUUUGAUUGCCUUUACUACAAUGGAGAGAUUUUGAUGGAUUAUUCAAUAAAGAAACGAAGAAAGGUCUUGCAUGAUAAUAUGGUUGAGGUCAAAAAUCAUGUUAUGUUUUCUGAGCAGCAGUUGAUAAAGAAAUCAGCUGAUUUAGCUAAAAUGAUUGCAAUGGUUUUACAACUUGGUUUGGAAGGCCUGGUGUUGAAGGAUCUGGAGUCUACAUAUGAACCAGGAAAAAGGCAUUGGUUGAAAGUGAAAAAAGAUUAUUUAUUUGAUGGAGCUAUGGCCGACACUGCAGAUUUGGUUGUACUUGGAGCUUGGUUUGGGACUGGCAAGAAAGGUGGAAUGAUGUCGGUGUUUUUAAUGGGAUGUUUAGAUGCUCGGCGAAAUCGUUGGGUGACAGUCACUAAGGUUCACACAGGACAUGAUGACAGCACAUUAGAAAGGUUGCAGAAAGAGUUAGGACCCCUCAUGAUGAAAAUAUCACAAGAUUAUACGAAAUUACCUUCUUGGUUGGAUUGUAAUAAAGGAAUGGUACCAGAUUUUAUUGCAAAAGAUCCAAAAAAUCAACCAGUGUGGGAGAUAACUGGUACUGAAUUAACAAAAGCAAAUCUUCACACAGCUGAUGGUAUAUCAGUGAGGUUUCCAAGAGUAACAAGAAUAAGAGAUGAUAAAGACUGGGAGACUGCAACUAAUUUAGAAGAGUUAAAAGAAUUAUAUAAAACAUCCAAAGAGAAAACUGAUGUUUCUCUUCUUAACAACCUGGCAGCAACUGCAGCUGAGGAUGAUGAACCACCUCCAAAGAAACUUAAAAAUAGUCCAGUCAAAACUUCAGGAAGUAUAAUAAAAAAGGAAACAUCAAAUAGUAUUGCAAGAAUUGAUAAAUUUCUAACAAAUAAGGGUUCACAUAAGAAAAGAAAAACUAAAGAUGUGGAUAUAUCAAAUUCGUCAGACACUACAAGUGACACUAGUACAGUAAGUUACGAGGAGAGUAAAACAAAUGAUAUCAAAUAUCAAUUAGUACCAGAAAAUCCUCUGCCAGAUGUUUUUACGGGUAAAAGAUUGGGUUUUUAUCCUGAUUUUAUAAGCUUCCCGGAGGAAGAUAGAAGAGAUUUCGAAAGGCAUUGGAUUGCAUAUGGAGGUGUUGUUGUAAAAUCAAUGAAGUCCGUGGAUGUUGACUAUGUUGUUCAUAAAGAUAAGUGUAUAGAUUUCAGCAAAAUGCAGAAAUUAAGAAAGAGAUUGCCUUCCAAUGUUAGACAUGUCACCAAGAAUUGGUUGAUAAAAUGUAUAAAUGAAGUAAAAUUAUGUGAUACGAAAAAUUUUACAGUGACUGUUUUACCUUCAUAA